UCGGCCAAAUAAAAACACAGGAGAAGGCCUAACAUUCCUUGUAUUUGCCAUCAUGUUCCCUCUUCAACUCCUCAACCUUUUCUUCACGGCUUCCACACUGGAGGACAAGAACCUUCAGAGCCCAGACCCAAGCCUUUACAAGCGUGGGGAUCUGCUGGAGGUCCCGAGGACCAUGUUCACUCACUUCGGUAUCUACCUGGGCGACGGCCGUGUUGCCCACCUCAUCCCAGACAUCCUACCUCUGAUCACCAAGAACAAAGGUGCCAUCAGCACCAUGGUGUCCAACACCCGUUUGAUACUGGGGUCCAUCGCCAAGGUGGCGAGUGUCCGAGUGGACUCCCUGACCGACUUCGCCUACGGCUCGGAGAUCCUAGUCAACCACACGGACAAGCUAUGCAGCCAGCCUCCCUUGGACGGGGACGAGAUUGGCAGGAGGGCGGAGAAGAUGAUGGGCUCAGUCACCUACAGUCUGCUGUGGUACAACUGUGAACACUACGUCAUGUACUGUCGCUAUGGGAUGGCCAUCAGCUACCAGACCUACCAGUUCUGUACGGCAACCAGGAAAAUCUUCUGCAGCAAGAUGAACGCCUACCUGACGGCCCUCUGUAGUAUGGCCACACUGUUCUACCUGGGCUGCCUCACGCCACUCACCACUCUGCCCACCCUCGUGCUCCCUUUCACCAUCUGGAUGGCAUCUUAAAAGGACUGCAAACACAUGGCUGACGUCAAAAGACUUUAAAAUAGAAUGGCAGAAUGUUUUCCAAGAGUGGAAACGAAGCCCGAUGGGAAAGGUCAGAUUGAAACUGGCCGUGGACAAUAACAAAUUGGUGUUGAAUGCAUUAACUACACUUUGUUUUCAUUAUUAUUAAGUUACAGUGGAAGUGAAGAGUUGAUCUUUUAGUUCCAUAGGCUUGGGUGCAUCAUUUUAAUAGCAGAACAUUCACUGUGGUCCUGGUAAUGACA